CUAUGAAGUUCGGAAACAGAGCAGACAUCUACCCCGCUUAUGUUGACGAGAGCAAGGUCACUGGUGAUUACCACGUCUUCCGCUCCGAGGUGUCUGCCGUCGGCAAAUUCUCUCCUACCGAAGUCCUCACCACCUUCCGCAUCCCCGAGACCGAUCCCAUGAAGCGCGACUUCAACCGCCUCUUGAACGCAUGCUUCAUGUUCUCCAAGAUGGACCACUCUCUCCUAAUCUCCCUUUACCGCCUGAUCCGCCACUUCAUCCUCUAUGAGGGCUCUCAUAACUAUUACCGUCACUCCUUCCCAGCCGUUCCGCGCGAGAUUCUCUAUCCUGAGUUCCGCCAUCAAUUCAAGGAAGAGUUCGGUAUCCAAUUCCCUCUUGGCGACGAACCGGCACCUCUCAACCUGGCUGAGGAAUGGCCCAUGAUCCAUACGGCUAUCUGCCGCUAUGAAAUGGCCUAUCCACACCUGGUUAUGUACUUGGGCCGAAAGCUGUCAACUCCUUUGCAAUAAAGGACUUUCGUGCUGUUGCUUGUUCGUCCUUGGGAUAGACAACAACCAUAACUUUUUAAUUCUCUUUUCGAUGGUCUCUUUUCACUUGCGUCAAUGUUGGUCUGGAUAUUGAUGACGGCCGGAUUUAAAUUUGGG